AUGGCCUCGCUCUGCCCACCACCCUACGCUUUGCCGCCAUCACUCCCUCCCUUCCCACAACACCACAUCCGCCUCCUGAUCCCCUCGGAGCCGCACCUCAUCCCACCAGCUCUGGGGCAUCUCCUCACCUCCUCCGAGUAUCCCACGCUCCGGCUCCACUUUGAGCAGCGCGUAGCCCUGACCUACCCGCUUCGUCCGGCGUUACUCGACGAGCUGACGCAACUCGAGUCCGACCUAUACGCAUGGAGCGGCGAUGAGGCGCUCUGGGCCUGGCUGAAGGGUGUUCAUGCAGAGCACAGGAUGUAG